UUCUCAAGUGUUACGUGAAGUGCUCGUGCAGACUCGUGAUUUUGUUGUAGGAGCAGGAACAAGAUCGUUUCGAUUUACGUAUUUUCGACAUUGUUUGAGGAAAACAAAAAUAGCAGUUUAAAUUUUACUGUGAAUGUAAUGCAGCCAUAUGAGUCGAAUUGCAAUAUGAUUAAUUAAAAGUCGGAAGGAACUGUGAUGUAGUUGACACUUGACAGUAGCAUCGAUGGCUUCUUUGCCUCUAUAAUUUAUUUAUUAAUUUUAGCCAUGAAAGGCGUUACGGUAUCUUUAUUUUCUGGACUAUUAGCAGCUCUUGCUUCCUUGUUCGGAAAAUUUUCCAUGGCAUCGGAGGAAGCGCUUUAUUUAUGUGAGGUCAGCAUGGAAUUCAUGUCGUCGGAUGAGCAUGUCCAUCGUAAAGCAUACCAUAACGUUUGUAAUAAUGUUUUGUUAUUGGUUCAAAUUGGAUUUUUUCUGUUAAUGCUGUUGUCAAAUGCUCUUAUGUGGACAUUAUUCACAAAAGCAUUACAACUUUGUGCAACAACUCUUGAAGCAACUGUCACAAAUACUGCUGCUAAUUUCUUUUUCACUGCUAUAUUUGGUCAAGUUUUUUUUGGUGAAACAUUAACUUUUUUAUGGUGGUUGGGAACAAUGAUGAUUAUAGUGGGUCUUCUUUUGAUGCAUAAAGGAAAUCAAAGAUUACAUUCUAAUGUAAUUAAAGUUUCAUCAAAACAGAAAUGAUUACAGUAAGAACAUUGGUUAUAAUUAAAUACAUUUUAUAUGGAUCAGGGCCGUAGAAGAAGGGAAUUGGUCAGGCUCGAAAACAGAAUGUGGUUAUGAAAACAGAAUGGAUUAUGGCCACCGUUUUCUGUUUUUGAGCAUAUUUUUUUUAUAAAGAUUUCAUUUGCAAAACUUAUUUCAAAAACUUUCUAAUAUCUAAAUUUCCCUGGGUAGGAAUGCAUGUGUUUCAAGAAAGGGAGAAAGCAAUACCUUAUUUAUGACAUUUCUCUUAUGGAAAAGCCUAUUGGUUUGAUCUGACAAUGAUGCAUGCUAGUGGGUAAUUUGAAAUUAGAACUGUAUUUAUAACAUUAGCAGCAAAAAGGGUUUGGCCAUGCCCAGACCUGUUCCUAUGACCAUGAAGAUAUUAAAUAUUUUGAUCUUUUGCUUAUAAUUUACUUAUGACAGCUAUGAAUAAGUUUUGCAAUCUUAGAAAGCUAAAAUUAUAUAUAUCAGUAUAAAAUAAAUUUUUUAAUUAUUUAUUAAAAAAAUUCAUAAACCAUAUUAUUUUAUGAACUAUCUAUAAUCACUGCAUAAAAUACUGAUUUCAAUGUACAAUUUCUUGUACAUUGAAAUAGAAAAUCCACUAUCACAAUUUCACAUCAUUUACUUAUAAAUUGCAAUUAAAUGUAACCAUUUUAAUUACACUCAAUGGUAACAGUAAUUUUUUAUUCUAUAAGUUUUAAUGUAAAGUGAAUUUCUACAUUAAAAUUUUCUU